AUGCCGGAGAAGCGGCCGUUCGAGCGGCUGCCCGCCGACGUGUCCCCCCUCAACUAUGGGCUCUGCCUCAAGCCGGACCUCAUCGACUUCACCUUCGAGGGAAAGCUGGAGGCCGCCGUGCAGGUGAAAAAUGCAACCAACCAAAUCGUGAUGAACUGCGCCGACAUCGACAUCAUCACCGCGUCCUACGCCCCGGAAGGAGACGAAGAAGUUCACGCCACAGGGUUCAACUAUCAAAAUGAAGAUGAAAAAGUCACUUUGUCCUUCCCCAGCACCCUGCAGAAAGGGACGGGGACGCUGAAAAUCGACUUUGUGGGGGAGCUGAACGACAAAAUGAAAGGGUUUUACCGCAGCAAGUACAGCACGGCCAGCGGGGACACGCGCUACGCCGCCGUCACCCAGUUCGAGGCCACUGAUGCUCGCAGAGCUUUCCCUUGCUGGGAUGAGCCUGCAAUUAAAGCAACAUUUGAUAUUUCUUUGGUGGUUCCCAAAGACAGAGUAGCUUUGUCAAAUAUGAACGUGGUGGAGCGGCGGCCGUACCCCGACGACGAGAGCCUGGUGGAGGUGAAGUUCGCGCGGUCGCCGGUGAUGUCCACGUACCUGGUGGCCUUCGUGGUGGGCGAGUACGACUUCGUGGAGGCGCGGUCGCAGGACGGCGUCCUGGUGCGCGUCUACACGCCCGUGGGCAAGGCCGAGCAGGGCAAGUUCGCUCUGGAGGUUGCUGCUAAAACUCUGCCUUUUUAUAAGGACUACUUCAAUGUUCCUUACCCUCUUCCUAAAAUUGAUCUCAUAGCUAUUGCAGACUUUGCUGCUGGUGCCAUGGAGAACUGGGGCCUUGUUACUUAUAGGGAGACUGCUUUGCUGAUUGACCCCAAAAAUUCCUGCUCCUCGUCCCGCCAGUGGGUGGCUCUGGUGGUGGGACACGAACUGGCUCACCAGUGGUUCGGAAACCUCGUCACCAUGGAAUGGUGGACUCACCUGUGGCUGAACGAGGGCUUUGCCUCGUGGAUCGAGUACCUGUGCGUGGAUCACUGCUUCCCCGAGUACGACAUCUGGACCCAGUUCGUGUCUGCAGACUACACCCGAGCCCAGGAGCUCGAUGCCUUAGACAACAGCCACCCCAUCGAGGUCAGCGUGGGCCAUCCCUCCGAGGUGGAUGAAAUUUUUGAUGCCAUUUCCUACAGCAAGGGAGCCUCUGUCAUCCGGAUGCUGCACGACUACAUUGGGGACGAGGAUUUCCGGAAAGGAAUGAACCUCUACCUGACCAAGUUCCAGCAGAGGAAUGCUGCCACAGGUAACCAGGUCACUGGCAUGGGCACAAAAGUUAUUUUUGGACUCAAAAAAUGCUGGUUUUGAAGUUAUUUUUUGCCUCUUAAUUUUUUUUUUUUCCCUCAGCAAGAAGAUGACAAAGUGUUGAAGUUGGUCCAGAAGAAAUUCUGUGCCAGUGGACCAUAUACUGGGGAGGAUUUCCCCAUGUGGAUGGUGCCCAUCAGUAUUUGCACGAGCGAGGACCCCGGCAGUGCCAAAAUGCAGAUUUUGAUGGACAAACCCGAGCUCACCGUGGUGUUGAAGGACACCAAACCAGAGCAGUGGGUCAAGGUGAAACCCGAAAAAUUCCAUUUUUCCUUUCGUUUUCCUCUUCCCUCUUUUUAUUUCUCUUUCCCUCGGAAUUUUGGUUUACCUCUGGAAAAACUUAUUUUCUUCCCUGUGCUGCUCUGGAGCCACCUAGAUGCCCUUUUGAGGGGUCUGGUUUUGGGAAAAUUGGGCAAAGCCGGGCACAAGGCGACGCUGGAGGAGGCCCGGCGCCGGUUCAAGGAGCACGUGGAAGGGAAGCACAUCCUCUCUGCUGACCUGAGGAGUCCUGUCUACGUGACUGUGCUGAAACACGGGGACAGCUCCACCCUGGACACCAUGCUAAAGCUGCACAAGCAGGCCGACAUGCAGGAGGAGAAGAACCGGAUCGAGCGCGUCCUCGGAGCCAUCUCCCAGCCAGAGCUGAUCCAAAAAGUUCUCACCUUUGCACUUUCAGAGGAGGUGCGGCCCCAGGACACGGUGUCGGUGAUCGGGGGCGUGGCUGGGGGCAGCAGGCAGGGCAGGAAAGCGGCCUGGAAAUUCCUGCGGGACAACUGGGAGGAGCUCUACAACCGCUACCAGGGCGGCUUCCUCAUCUCCAGAUUAAUAAAGCUCACAGUGGAUGGAUUUGCAAAUGAUAAAAUGGCUGCAGAAGUGAAGGGAGUGACAGAUAUUCCCUACUGCUCGGAGCUCGAGGCGGCGCAGAAGUUCCUGGAGCAGGCGGCCAUCGAGAACCUGGUGAGCGCUCGGGGCGGUCCCGGCGGCGGCGGAGCCGGCGGCGGCGGCGGGGCCGGCGCUGCCCCGAGCGCUCCGCGGCCCCGCCCGGCUCGGCCCGGCCCGGCCCGGCCGCCAUGGCCGCUGCCGCCCCUGCCCGCGCCCGGCGGCCGCGCGGGCCAAUCACGGCGCGGCUUGCGGGCCCGGCGGCCAAUCAGCGCGCGGCGCCGGGCCGGGGGGCGGGGCCGGUGCGGGAGCGGCCGCGGGCCAUGUGCGGCCGCCGCGGCCAUCGCGGCCCCGGGCGCCGCCCGGUCCUAA